GCAUGCUAUCCAUAUUCAUUUGCUUUGCUCUGAAGCUCGGAAACAGUUCAAACAUUUAAGAAGACGAAAAUGCCUAGAUUGCCUGAAGAAGAACACCCUAACAAGGCUUUUGGAUGGGCAGCCAGAGACAGUUCCGGUGUUUUAUCUCCCUUCAAAUUUUCCAGAAGAGCAACGGGAGAAAAGGAUGUAGCUUUCAAGGUGCUUUAUUGUGGGAUAUGCCAUUCGGAUCUUCAUAUGGUCAAGAAUGAAUGGGGAACUUCCCUUUACCCUCUUGUCCCUGGGCAUGAGAUUGUUGGUGAAGUGACCGAGGUGGGAAAUAAAGUCCAAAACUUCAAAGUCGGGGACAGAGUUGGAGUUGGGUGCAUGGUUGGGUCAUGCCGUUCCUGCGAUAACUGCAAAGACAAUCUCGAGAAUUACUGCCCCAAAAUGAUACUUACCUAUGGGGCAAAAUACUAUGACGGAACUCUUACAUAUGGAGGCUACUCCGACACUAUGGUUGCUGAUGAACAUUUUAUCGUCCGCAUACUUGAUAACCUGCCUCUCGAUUCGGCAGCCCCGUUGCUCUGCGCUGGGAUUACAGUGUAUAGUCCAUUGAGAUAUUAUGGACUGGAUAAGCCUGGUUUGCAUAUUGGUGUGGUUGGACUGGGUGGUCUUGGUCAUGUUGCAGUGAAAUUCGCCAAGGCAAUGGGAGUUAAAGUCACAGUGAUUAGCACCUCCCCUAAUAAGAAGAAGGAAGCUUUGGAAAAUCUUGGUGCCGAUUCGUUCUUGAUCAGCCGAGACCAAGAUCAGCUUCAGGGUGCCACUGGCACAUUGGAUGGAAUCAUCGACACAGUAUCAGCUCAACACCCUGUGCUGCCAUUGCUUGGGCUGUUGAAGUCUCAUGGGAAACUUGUUCUUGUUGGUGCACCAGAGAAACCACUUGAGUUACCUGUUUUUCCUUUACUCCAAGGAAGGAAAGUGGUGGGAGGGAACAUGAUUGGGGGGAUGAAGGAGACUCAAGAGAUGAUUGAUUUCGCAGCCAAACAUAACGUAAAACCAGACAUUGAAGUUAUAGAUAUGGAGUAUGUGAACACCGCCAUGGAACGCCUUGCGAAAGCUGAUGUCAAAUACCGGUUUGUGAUUGACGUUGGGAAAACAUUGAAGGCCACAUCUUGAAGUUUUUAUUACCAA